AGGAGAGGUGGAUUUAUAUGGACGUCCUAAAAUAGCCGUAGUUACAGACGGAGCUUAGAGUAAAAGGUCUUAUAAAAGAAAUUACAAUGCGUCAUCGGGAAUGGCUUGUAUAGUUGGUCAGAGAGCCAAAAAAAUUUUAUUCGUAGGUAUAAGAAACAAAUAUUGUUGUAUUUGUCAUCGGUUUUCAAAAUUAGAUUUAGAAAGUAAAGACCAUUUCUGCUUUAAAAAUUGGAAUUCACCUUCAGCUGCAAUGGAAGCAGACAUUAUAGUAAAUGGUUUUAAAAAUAGUUUAGACAUGCAUAUUAAAUUAUGGAAUCGGAUGAUUGGUGAUGGCGAUAGCAAUGUCAUGAAACGUUUACGUUUGGCGAAACCUUAUGGUCCUGACGUCAUUAUUAAAAAAACAGAAUGUUCCAACCAUAUUUUGAAGAAUUAUACUAAUAAACUUCAUGAGCUUUCAAAAAAAAAAAAAAAGUAGUAAAGGUGAAAAUGUACCGGGAUGUAUGCGUAGUUUAUUGGUCAGUUGUACUUGCCGACUUCGCGCGGCAAUUAUAAAAGCUAUAAAGUACAGAAAACAACAAAACAAUAUUUCCUACGAAGAUUCUAUUAAAAUGUUGAAGAAAGUCAUUGUAAAUAGCCCUAAUCAUAUAUUCGGCGAUCAUGAGAAUUGCAGUAAUUACUUUUGCAAAAGAAAAAAUUUAGGAGAAGAAAAACAUGUGAUUGAUAUGAAACGAGUAGGCCUAUGGGAUGAUAUAGGUUCAAUAAGAAGCAUUUUAACAUAUCAUACAGAAAGUCUGAUAUUUAAUUUAAAUAACAAUGCAGCAGAAAAUUAUAACUCUAUUUUGGCCAAAUUUGUUGGGGGUAAAAGGGUAAAUUUGUGUCUUCGAGGUUCAUAUGAAUUACGAUGUAAUGCUGCAGUUACUGCAUAUAAUGCAGGAGCAAAUCGUUUAUCGUUAUUCCACAAACAAGUCGUCAAAAAGAAUCCUGGUGUAUUUACAAAAAGGUACAUAAAAAGAAGUCAGCAAUUAUGGGAUUCAAGACGGAGACGCCAAUUAUUUGCUACACCAGUUCAACGUUUAAAAUCAAAAAAACUUGCUGGUCCCAAUGAGAACUAUGGUGCUGUUGAACCUGACUUCGUUUCACAUCCAGAUUUAUUGACAUCGGAAUUAAAUAACAGAACAAAUUUGUAUCUAAAUAGCCUGAAGCUUACAAAAGAAGACAUCAUUUCCUUAGAAAAGAUUACCAAAAGGCAACACGAGUGUGAAGAUUGGCAUAGAGAACGUAAAAAAAGAUUAACAGCAUCAGUUUUUGAUAAAAUUUGUAAACUAAGGAAAACCACUUCACGAACCAAAACUAUAGAAACGAUAUUGUACGGAAAAUUUCAAGGAAAUCUAUCAACUAAAUAUGGAGUUGAACAUGAAGAUGUGGCAAAAGAACAGUUGACAAAUAUAUUAAGUGUCAGUAUUGAACCAUCCGGAUUGAUGAUAGAUAUUGAAAAAUUCUACUUAGCUGCCUCCCCAGAUGGACUGAUCGGAGAUGAUGGAUUAGUAGAAAUAAAAUGUCCUUCUAGUGCCAAAAAUGUGUCUCCAAAAGAACAAAAGAAAAAUUCUCCAUAUGUGGCUUUUUGGCCAUAUGAACGUAUGUGUGCGGAUACGAUUAAGCUGCGGUAUCCCAUAGCGUAG